UGUAGUCCAAAUUAGUUUACAGUUAUCCUCAAGCUUGACAUUUUCUUUGCUACCAUUCUUUCUUACAUCUUAGGCUUUCUUUCUGGAAUUGUUUUCCUUCUUCUGGAGAUAUGUUGGUAAUGUUUCACUGCUAUGUCCUAGUCUGUCAUCCUAAAACCACCAGGAACAAACCUCUAAUCUGACAAAAUCAGUCUUGUUGACCCACAUCAAUGAGGGAGACCCACCUGCAGAGGGAAUGCAGGGCCUGAUUACACAAGGGGAGGCCCCCAGCUUUCUGGUUGGUUGAAAAAACUGACCUGUCUGGUCCGAGUCCAGCUGGCCUUCCCUCUGGGCUGGCAGGCUGACAACAGCUGACGCCAGCAGUCGCUCACGUGACCACCGCAGCUCUCUGUUCUGCUCCGUGUCCCAGGCCUGAGUGGGUACUUCCAGGGGCUCCUUCCAUGAGGGGCACCAGGCGUGCCGCUGUCCCUUCCUCUGUUUGUUCUUCCUUUCCUCUCAGCUACAGACAUUUCCCCUUCCUGUGCCGAUUGGAGGGGUUAAUCAGUGACAGGAAGCUGCCUCUCUCAGCAGUUACUGGCUGUCGUCAGGAAAGCCUGAGCAAGGCCAGCCCUCGGAGUCUGUCCUGCUUCCUGCCUACUGCUCACCUGCCUGCUCUUGCCAUGGGGUGCCUUGGGGCCUUCCUCUUCCUGCUGGGAGGCCUGGGAGCUCUCGCUAAGUUGUGGGAUAUACCAGGGGAGGACAGCAAGCUUCAGGAGAGGCUGGGCCAGCUCCUCUUGCCCUGGAUGGACCGGCUGUCCCUGGAGCACCUGAACCCCAGUGUCUACGUGGGCCUACGCCUUUCCAGCGUGCAGGCCGGGGCCAAGGAGGCCCUUUACCUGCACCACCUCAAGCUUGAUUACCAGCAGAACCUCCUGGGGUCUGGCACCAGCGAAUACAGCAGGGACAAGCCCUCCAUGGGCCAACUGGCCCUCUACCUGCUCGCUCUCAGGGCCAACUGCGAAUUUGCCGGAGGCCACAAGGGGGACAAGCUGGUCUCAAAACUGAAGCGGUUCCUGGAGGACGAGAAGAAGGCCAUUGGGCACAACCACAGGGGCCACCCCAACACCAGCUACUAUCAGUACGGCCUGGGCAUCCUGGCCCUGUGCGUCCACCAGAAGCGGCUCCAUGACAGUGUGGUGGGCAAGCUCCUGCAUGCUGUGGAACACGACCUGCAUCUCCCCUGGGGCCACCUCUCUGUGGAUACAGCAGCCAUGGCAGGCUUGGCCUUCACCUGUCUAGAGCGCUCCAACUUCAACUCCAAUCAGAGGAACCAGAUCAUCCUGGCCAUCAAGACAGUGCAAGACAAGAUCCUGAAGGCCCAGACCCCCGAGGGCCACUUUGGGAAUGUCUACAGCACCCCUCUGGCACUGCAGUUGCUGAUGACCUCCUCCACAAUCGAGGUAGAGCUAAGCAUAGCAUGCCUCAAGGCAAGGGCUGCUCUGUUGGCCAGCCUAGAGGAUGGGGCCUUCCAGAAUGUUCUCAUGAUUUCCCAGCUGCUGCCCGUCCUGAAUCACAAGAGCUAUGUAGAUCUCAUCUCACCAGACUGCCUGGAACCAAGAGCCAUGUUGGAGCCAACUAUGGAGACGCCUCCACAGAUCCAAGUGCCAGAGGUCAUCAGGGUCAUGCUGCAGGUCCUCAGCAUCUGGCCACCAUACAGACACUCCAUCUCUGUACCUGCUGGGUCCUCCUUAGAGGAUGUUCUGAAGAAGGCCCAGAAGCUCGGAGGAUUCAUGUGCAGAUGUGGGUGGCUGAGUCUUCUAACUCCCAUCCCUUCAGGAUCUUACAGACCCUGGCCUCAGGGCAGGGGCCAAGAACAGGAGGUUGGGGGUGUGAUGCUCUGCCCUGUUAACUGCCCCUCAUCCCCUGACCUGUCUGCAGGUAUUGCUGACUACAGACCCAAGGAUGGAGAAACCAUUGAGCUGAAGCUGGUUAGUUGGUAGCCUGCUGGGCUCAUCCACCCCAGCAGCCUCACACACUCCCUGUGCUUCCACCCUUCCUCAAGACAUCCCUGGAACAGGCACUUGCCGGACUGCUGACACGUCAUGUGCACUUGGAGCAAUGUCCCCUGGAUCACCCCAGCCUCCACCCCUGCGAGGGUCCUGAGCCAACAGCCCGCCCUGAAGCAGGGAGCCAAGCACCUUCCCCAGGAGGUCUGUCUGCCUGGGUCUGGCCCAGCCUGGCCCCACAGGCCACUCAUAGUCUGAAGGGCACCAAGUAUCUCAGACUCUUCAGCACAAGGAGUGGAACUUUGAUGGCUGCUGUCAUUGUGAGUACUGCCUUCUCUGGGAUUGGGGUCCUGCAAGGAGACCUCGGCAGCCCAAGGGCCUUAGCCCUGAUCCCAGCUUUCCACUCCAACACCAGGGCACUAGCCCCAGAGCUGUCUAUGGCACAGUAGCUGGUAAGAGCCCUGCAGGGCUGCUCAAAGCCCACCUCCAAUUGAUUAAAUAGUUGAUUGUGCGCACGCCCCAGCGCUCUGAUGCCUCGUGCUGCCUGGAUGUGGAGAAGGGGGGAGCAGAGGAGGGUGGGUGAGCAUUCUCCUGGGGACUGGGGGAGUGACGCUGGCAGUGGUGACACUGAGUACUGUUUAAGGAGCAUGUACUCACUAGACACUUUCUUGCACAACUCUGAGAUUGUUGAUAUUUUUGUUUUCAUCUCUGCUUUACAGAUAAGGAAGCUGGUACUCAAAGAGGGCAAGCGACUCAUCCACAGUGUCAGGCAGGGCAUGUGGCUUAGGAGACAGACAGAUGUGACCUAGGGUGGCCUCCUGGCUCCUCCACGCAAACACUGAAGAUUGAGGGCUUCAGUGGUUGGUAUGCUUACAUGGUGGAGCCCAGAUUCAAUGGGAGGCCCAGGACCCUAGAACUGGGGCUCUCAGCUCCUGGCUUUUCCUCAGCACACAGUCAGAGGCACCACCCCAGGCCUCGGUAGCCAGGGACAGGGACCCUGCCUCUCAAUGCGAGGGCCCUGGGUUCUGGGCUGUCCUCUGGGAGGUGGGGUUCAGGCCAGGGAGACACCCCUCACACCCCUCACUGAGGUUAGGAAAGGAGCCUGCCCUCGGAGGGGCCUUCUGAUAGAUAGCAUACCAGGUUUCAAGCAAUAAUCAUAGAGUCCUCAAGGCCACAGAUUAAACAUGUAUCUCUUCCUAGAGCAAGAGUUUCAAAUAUUUAGGGUUUGAGCACAUAGGGGAAGUAGGCAAUUAAAAAAUUCUUUUAUAUUGAAGCAAACAUCAAAGUAUCAGAAAGCCAAAUAAAAAAGCAACCUCUAUUUUAUUUUUA